AAGGAGAAGUUUGAGAGGAGCUGAUAUGGUGGAUCAAGCCCUGACCGUCCUGUUUAGAACAGAUCUGGGGACAACUUUGAUUCCUCAUCUAUUUACUUUGGGUGGUCCACCAAAAAUCAAAAUGUGUGUGUGUGUGUGUGUGUGUGUGUGUGUGUGUGUGAGAGAGAGAGAGAGAGAGACUGCGAUCAGGCAGACGGUCAGCUGCGACGUCCCAUCAGAAAACGGAGCGUGUGUUCACACACCAAUCGUUACAAUAGCACGGCUCGCUCGCGCGCGCGCACGCACGCGCACUUUCGGAGUUUGGUUGGCGCGUGCUGAGCCACAACAAAACCCUCCCACUUCCCUCGGUCACCGGAGUUCCGGAGUUUUUGGUGGAGGAGCGAGUGGAAAAGCCAGGUUAUGGUCGAAAUAAGCGGCGUUCGUCGCCAAGCUCGGCCCAAGCCGCGGGUCUGGACUCUGUAAUGCCCGCUUUAUGACCCGAGCUGUCGGUUGAAAAAGGGCGUAUUGUGUGUGUGUGUGUUGUUUAGGCGGGCUUAUUGCAGCGAAGGAGCUAGGAGCUAACUCCGGACGGGGAAGUAGGGAGGCGUUUUCUCUCGUUAGCUCGCCGACCGUUUGCUCAACACACACCCACUCGAGUGCUGUGAGCACGAACCCGGGCCAGGCUGAGUGUUCUGACCCGCGCACUUCUUCUCAACGUUUUGCUGUUAGCUACCUGGGGGGGGUUCUGCCGUCAGUCCGUGGGUGUUAGUAGCUGCCUAGCAAUCCGCUGUGUGGCGUAAGGAGCGCAAAGAGCGGUACGGUAACGGCGUAAGAUACGCUAAAGGCGGACCGUUGUUCGGCUCGAGCCUGGAGGAAGACUACCAUGGUGUUUAAGUGACCUCUCGCAGGAUUCGAAGAAAAACAAACAAAGAAAGGGUGGAGAUGAGCAGAUAGGAGUGGUGAAGUGUUGGUUUUUUUCGUUUGGGACGGAAUCUAUUCGCUUUAAAGAAGCAAGAAUGAAGAAGUUUUCGCGUAUGCCGAGGUCGGAGAGCGGAGGACUGGGAGGUGGCGCCGGCUCCGGUAGCGGGGGCAGCAACUUCAUCGGGAGAGUGUUCGCUAUCGGGAGAUACCAGGUCACGGUGGACGAGCUCAUUGCGGAAGGGGGUUUCUCCAUGGUGUUCCUGGCACGCACCCACAGCGGAGUACGGUGUGCUCUGAAGAGGAUGUAUGUGAACAAUGUACCUGAUUUGAACAUCUUCAAGCGAGAGAUUAUGAUUAUGAAAGAGCUGUCAGGCCAUAAGAACAUAGUGAGCUACUUGGACUCCGUCAUCAAUGCAGUAGGAGACAGUGUAUGGGAGGUUCUCAUUCUUAUGGAGUACUGUAAAGCGGGUCAAGUAGUAAAACAGAUGAACCAGCGGCUGAAUUGUGGCUUCUCUGAGGCCGAGGUUCUCACCAUCUUCUGUGACACUUGUGAAGCCGUGGCCAGACUGCACCAGUGCAAAACUGCAAUUAUCCACCGAGACCUGAAGGUGGAAAAUAUCCUCUUGAAUGACCAAGGGAACUAUGUGCUGUGCGACUUUGGAAGUGCCACCCACAAAGUGUUGCACCCGCUCAAAGACGGCGUGACGGCUGUGGAGGAGGAGAUUAAGAGGUACACAACCCUGUCUUAUCGAGCCCCAGAGAUGAUUAACUUGUACCAAGGGAAAGCCAUUACAACUAAGGCUGAUAUCUGGGCUCUUGGAUGCUUGUUGUACAAGCUGUGUUUCUUCACACUUCCUUUUGGGGAGAGUCAGGUCGCCAUAUGUGACGGAAUCUUCAGCGUUCCAGAUAGCUCAAAGUUUUCCUCUAAACUGCACUGCUUAAUCAGAUAUAUGUUGGAGCCUGAUCCAGAGAAAAGACCAGACAUCUAUCAAGUCUCUUACUUUUCCUUCAGACUAGCUGGAAGGGAGUGUCCAGUGCCAAAUCUAUUUAAUUCCCCCAUUCCCACCUCGCUGCCAGAGCCACUAACGGCCAGUGACAUCGCUGCUAAGAAGAGCCAGACAAAAGCUAGAAUAACAGAUUCUGUUGGGCCCACUGAAACCUCUAUUGCUCCGAGGCAAAGGCCAAAAGCAGCCAAUAGCAAUGUACUGCCACUGCCCAACUCUGUAACCCCUGUGAAAAUGAGUGUCCCACCUGGGACAGUCAGCAACGGCCAGAAACCCCAAGGAAACGGGCAACAGGCAGCUGUGCAGAUGCAGAGCAGCAAUCAGCACAACAGAGUGUUACAGCAGCUACAGCCUGGAGACCUGAGACUGCAGCAACUCCAUCAACAGCAACCGCAACAGCAGCAACAUAACGUGCAGCACCAGCAACAAGUUAGUCCACAGCAGCUACAGUACAUUCAGCAGUAUCGGGCCAUGCAGCAGAGCAUCCAGAUGCAGCAGCAGCAGCAUCAGCAUAUGCUUCAGCAGCAGAUGCUAAUGCAACAGUCCGUAUAUCAACCACAGCAGCAUCAUUAUGCAACUCUGAUCCAUCAGUAUCAGCAGGCGUUUGCUGGCCAGCAGCCGUGUGCGCCAACACAGCAAGUCCCCUACGUUUCCCCCCUAGAGUUUCAUACAUCACUGAGCGCCUAUAAUCCGGCUGGAGCUUCACCUGUGGAUGCCCCCUUCAGCAACACAAGAAUGACCGUGCCUAGUUCAGAGUUGGUCAGUCCGUCUCUUCAACCCGUGAGUAACCCGCCUGACAUGUCUCGCUGGAACCCGUUUGGAGAGGACAACUUCUCGAAGCUCACUGAAGAGGAGCUGCUGGAUAGAGAGUUUGACCGUCUCAGAGCAAGCAAGUCAGAUAAAGUAGAGAAAGCAGCAAGCUUGCAGGCAGGUGGCACAACCCUGCUGCCAGAGGACCCAUUUGGCUCUGUGCCCUUUGUGGCCAACGCAGGACCUAGUCCUCACACAGAGCAACAAAACACAGAGUCUGGUCCUGCUGCUACUGUUGCCACUGAUGCAUCUGUUCUUGAAGUUGAUGUCCAGCUAGCAACUACGAGAGAACAGAAGCCUGUGAAAAAAAGCAGCUCAUCUAGUCCACUGCCUCAUAAAACAGGGGAAGAAUCAGAGAGUGACUUCGAGUCGGAUCCUCCUUCACCCAAAAGCAGUGAAGAUGAGGAGGGGGGAGAAGAAGAAGAAGGCCUUAACAGUGAGCAUGACACUGAGCCUGAAAACCUGGGCCAGAGGCCACUGCUUAUGGACUCUGAGGAAGAGGUUGAGGAAGAGGAGGACAAACACAGCUCUGACUCUGACUGUGACCAGAGGAAAGUGAAAGUCAGUACUAGAAGACUGCAAGGAGACAAAGGUUCUGUCUUUAUUCAGGGAAAUGUCAGCAGUGAACCUGAAACUGAUAUAAUCACCCCCCCUGACUCACCAAGUGUUGCCAUGACCAGUUCAAGUGAAGUGGAUGUAUUUGGUGCAGUGCCCUUCAUUGGUGGUAAUCAGCCCAGAACACCAUCAGAGAGCAUAGAUGUCUUUGCUAAGGCCCCCUUCAGACAGGCAAGCCAGGAAAAUACAGCAGAAGAGAUAGAUGUGUUCAUCAAAGCUCCCUUUAAUAGAAAUCUGUCCAAGUCAAGCAGAAGCAGUGAUGCUCCCUCUGGACAGACACCCCCAAUCUCUCCAGCAAGUGUAGAUGUUUUUGGUUUCUUGCCCUUCCAACCCAGCCACACAAUGCCCACCUCCACAAGCCAGGAAGACGUAUUUGGCCCAAUGCCUUUAGAGGAGGCCCAAAGCCCACAGCAGCAGAAACUAAAGCAGCGAAGCCUUCAGAAACUCUCCUCACGCCAGAGGCGCACCAAACAAGAGGCCAGCAGUGGUAAUGGAAAGCGCCACCAUGGUACCCCAACAAGUGGGAGGAAGAGCAACAAGUCCAGCUUCCGUACCCCAGAGCGUGCACGGCGGCACAAGAAAGUGGGAAGAAGGGAUUCUCAAAGUAGCAAUGAGUUCCUUAGUGCCUCUAAAGAGAACAUUAGCAUCAGCAUGGGAGAAGUGAAAGAGAAAGGGGCACCUUUGCCUUCCGAAGAUGCCGUGUUGGAUCCCUUUGGUGCCAAGCCUUUUCAUCCACAAGACAGUGUUCGACACCCAGGGCUGGGGGACAACAAAGCUGAUGCCAACUCGGCCAGUGGCAGAUCACGGACUGGCUCUCUGCAGGCCACGUUUGAUGGGAAUAAGAUAGAUGACUUUGGGGCUGUGCCCUUUACUGAAAUGGUGGUCGAAAGCAGGCCUCAGCAGCCCCCACAAAUAGAUCUUGACCCUUUCGGAGCUGCACCUUUUCCCUCGAAGCAGUGAAUGUCUUGUCUUCCGGCACACACACACACAAGAGUGCACUUGCACAAAUGCUGCUACUUUAUGCAAAGUCAAAACCACACUUUGAAAUGUAUCUAACAGAUGGCAGCUGUGUGAAGCGAUCUCGGGCUGUGGCCCAAAAGAUCACAAGCCUUUGUUCUGGUUAAAAACCGGAUAACAGCUUUUUAAACCAUUAACACCGAACUUGACAUUUGAGUAAGAUUUUUUUUUUUCCUGAACUUGACUUGAAUCUAUGUAUGGAUUGAUUUUUUUUUUACGCCUUUUUUGCAUUACCCGAUUGCUGAGUAGCCGAUUAUGCUGCAUCACAAUGUUCUUUAAGAAAUAUCAGCACAAAGGUGACGAUGACCUUUUGAGUUUUUUUUUUUUAAACCCCUGAUUUAGCAAUGAAUUGAUUCUAUGCGCGUGCUCAAUCACGGACCAAUUAUCAAUGGUCCUGGUGUAGGUUGUUGCUUCCUGCAUGAUCUACGUGAUAGGUCAGUUUCACACCAUAUUGCCUUAUAUGGGUAUGCUUCACCUUCCUUAUUGUACCUCAAAUACACAAAUGGCUGUUUUGGAGCCUUUGUGUCAACAGAAUCAUUUGGGUUGGCCACCAUUAUUCUUAUUUCAUGUACCAUUUUUCUAUGCAUAGUGCAUAAUUUUAAAUGCCCACCAUUGUUUUCACCCAAAGUCCUAAAAAGAGAUACCCAACAAAAUUAUACACAGCUUUAUCACAUGAAAUAACUUUGGACUGGUUUGGGGUUUAGUGCUGGAAGGUUUCACACAAAGUAGACAUACUCCUAAUGUUAUAUUUAACCCAUUAAUAAACAGAUUUCAUUCUGCAUACUCGUACAUUUGGAAACGCCCUACAAUCAGACAGGCCACUUCAGAAAGGGAAAGGACAUGUAGGUUGUCAUUGCGAAUGUAUUCUGUUCAAUUUUAAUGUGUACAGAAUAAGGAGUUCAACUCGACUAACACAAGACAAAGCAUAUAAACAUACACACAAUUUAACUGGAACUGAGGAGAGAGUGAUGUUUUUACAGAACAUAUAAAUGGGACAAAGACUUUUACAGCACAGGGGACAUCACUGACUACAGAAACAGUUUUAGCUUCUUUUAUCAAUUGACCAACUAGCAUUGCAAUAUUUACUGUCUUUAUUUUUCUUAUUUGUUUGAUUUGUCUUGCUACACUGAUCUCUAACAAUGCAAUAAAAUGUUGAAUUCUUAUUUA